CUCCAACUCUUCAUUCAUCCACUUCAACAUAAUGUCUUCUCCUUCUUACUUUUCUAUCUUUGGCGUUUUCGCCAUUGCCUUCCUCUUCUUCUCCUCUCCUGUUCUCUCCAAAGAUGAAGAAGACAACCUUCUCCAAGGCCUAAACAGCUACCGACAAGCACAGAACCUCCCACCGCUCGCAAAGAACGCAAAAGCCGAUUGUAUUGCUGAGGAGAUCGCGGAUGACAACAAAGACCAACCCUGCGCUGUCACCACCGCCAAAUCAAACGUGGUGCCAAGCCGCCCGUCGCAGAUCACGAAGUUUAUGGAUUACGCCGAGAAAUGCAAGGUGGACAUCAACACCACCACGGACGCCAUCGUGAUGCCAGUAUGCGUGCCAAAGCUGGUCCAGACUCUGCUUCUCGCGAACUACACGCACUCGCAGUACGCUAAGUAUUUGAACGAUUCGAGGUUCGUCGGCGCCGGUGUCGGCUCGGAGGACGACUGGAUGGUGGUGGUUCUGACGACCGGAGCAUCCGGCGGGAGCUUUGAAGGAUCGGGAACGGAGUCGUUGAUGGCUUCGGUUUGGGGAUGCGUGGCAUUGGCUCUGUUAGGGCUUAUGAUCGGGAAUUUUGUGAGAUUGUAG